AGCAGAUAAGCCACGUAGAGCGAGAGCUUCAUCCCCAUUCGUCUUCCUCAUCUGCAACCAAAUCUCUCUCUCAUUCUCACUCUCACUCUCUCUCUCUUUCUCUCUCUCUCUCUCUCUCUCUCUCUCUCUCUCUGUGACUGCCAUUUCCGGUAGCCAUACAAAGAAAAAUCAAGGUGGGCGUCUCUCGUUCUCUUUCUUAAAGCGACACCGUGAGACAUUCUCUCUCUGAAGGGAUCCUUUCCUCUGCUACUCCCUCUUCCUUUCUGAGAGGACAAUGUCGACCACCCAAUCCCUCUUCACCCCGACCUCCCACCUGAAGCUCCUCCCACCGACCACAAGCGUCACCACCGCGUCGACCACAAGUGCUUCCCCCAACCACCUUCGCCCGACGCCCGCCUCCUCUUCCCGGUCCACCCGCCGAACCCUCCUGACGACAAGCACGGCGGCGGCAGCGGCGUCACUGCUGCUGGUGCUGCGGGAGCCGCCGCCGGCGCAUGCGGCGUCGGACGAUGAGUACAAGAAGGAGACGUCGGAGGUGAUCGGGAAGCUGAGGACGACACUGGGGCUGGACAGGUCAGAUCCGAACGUGGCGUCUGCGGUGGCGGAGCUGCGGGAGGCGUCCACCACGUGGGUGGCCAAGUACAGGAGGGAGAAGGAGCUCCUCGGGAGGUCGUCGUUCAGGGACAUGUACUCGGCGCUGAACGCCGUCUCCGGCCACUACAUCAGCUUCGGCCCCACUGCGCCCAUUCCGGCCAAGCGCAAGGCCCGCAUCCUCGAGGAGGUGGACAGCGCCGAGAAGGCCCUCCUCAGGGGCAGGUGAUCAGCCGACGCGCCCUCUACGGAGACGAUGCGCGGGUGGGUCUCGCCUGACCUGCGGGAAGCCUGCUGUCUCUUGUCCUUCUGUGGCCUUCCAUGAUCUUGGAUUUUGGAUCGAGUUGGAGAAAAAAUAAAUCAACACCUUUGUCUAUCAUCCCUUUUUAAUUAAACAAUCUACUUUCCUUA